UGGAAUCUGUUGGUUCGCUUUUUCCGCUUUCUACUUCCGGCAUAGUGCAAUUGUUUGGUGGUGAAGAAGAAAAUAACAUACCUACUAAUUAGUGGGCUAUCUAUUCGUGCUAGACCUUUCUCUUCUACUGUUCCCUAGUUCUACUAGUGCCAGCUUUUUCCAAUUUCCGAUUUUCUCCGAAUUCAGUAGAUCUCGUAGUGUUUCUAUGGAUGUAGAUAAGUGUGUUGUUUUUUCGAGUACACUAGUGAUAACUUCAACUUUAGCUCCCAAAUGGUCUCUACCAGAAAGGAUGUGAGCAAUCAAGCCGCAAAUCUUAUUACUCUGAUGUUUAUACUAUUAGACGAAAAAAAACCGUUUUACGACCAUUUUUCCGACAGUGAAAUUUUGCUAGAACGUGUGAAGCACAGUUGAACAGGAUAUCGACUGUUAAAGGUGUUUACAAAGUGCAGUUUUUACAGCUCGUCGUGGAGGAAUAUAAAGCAAAUCUUCUGAAAAAUAAACUAAAUUAUCAAAUGGAAUACAAUCCGCCCCAGCAGUGAAACGAGAAACUAUUUAGGAAGCUGAGAAAUCGCCAAUCGGGGCCGUGGGUUCGGAAUCUAUUUUACUUGUUCAGGAAUGAGAUAUCACAUUAACAGCUGAAAGCAAAACUGUGGUAAUUUGUGAUAAAAGUUAUUCGAGCAUAGUUUUUCAACCGGUUAGCUUUGCUGCUGUGAUAAGCUGAUGCUCUUGAAUUGGGAGAUUCGCCAAUAUUUGGCAUGGAAGUGACUAGGUUCCGAACCAGCAAGUUUGAAGUUUGCUGCAUUUGAACAACGAAAUUCAAUUACUUUAAGUGCCAACCAGUGGGAAACCGCGAAACUGAAAUCUUUUGACCAACGAUCACAGCAUCACCUUAACGUCAAGUGCAAUUUUUAAUUGAUCAUCAUUGGAGUAAUCAUGGUAUUGGAAUUCACAGCACGUAAUUGAAAAGCUUCCCGUCCCACCGAUGUGUAUUGCUUAUACUUAAUGGAUUUGCUAAAGAUUUGGGCCAAAACCAGCCAAAACUUGAGGGUGUGUAUGAAAUAGUACCGGGCGGCAAACGCUACAGGAGAAAGAAAAACCAUAAUUGAACGCAACCAAUUCGAAUCGAAACGUGCUGCUGCUUAAUUGCCUUUGCGAAAAUGUGCAAGAUUUAAGUGAUAUCACGAACAGAAGAAGCUCGUGUCCGAAGAAUUACGCUACGACGUUAACUAAUCCGAUGCCUUUCCGGUUCUGAUUACAAUUAGAACGAACAACCGCACCGGAACCCGGUUGUGAAGUGAAGCGUUUAAAAUUGUAUAGCACUUUUUCCGUCCUGGUCCUGGUCGCUUGAUAGCAUCCUUGAGAAACGACAGAAAAAUUACGAAGAGCACAGUAUUGGGUGACGAAGCGAAUCCUUACGUAGUAGCAGCAGACCAGCGAGUGUAGGAUUCACACGGAUACCGAACGAUGAAUAUCUUGGUUCGAUAUUUGCUACUGCUGGCGGCUAGUUUACGGACCGUCCUCGGGGGCUUUUGGUUUCUAUUUCUAGCACGUUCCUUGCACGCCCUGAUCCUGCCGGAAACAGACCAUAGUCAUGGCAGCGGUAACGACGCCGACGGGAAGAGCACCGCCGGUGUGGCGAUGGCCGACGGAACCGCGAUAUUCACGGAGGAAAAACUGUUGCAAGUGCAUUUUCGCUGUGAGGAUGGUUUCUUCCGGUGCAACAGCACGCUGCACUGUAUCGAGCAGAGACGGAACUGCGACGGGACGGCAGACUGCGACGAUGGUUCCGAUGAACGGGAUUGCGAUGAUGAAGUCGACUCAUCCUUUUGGGAUCACUUUUUCCGCAAGCGUCCGGCUGCCCUGAACGACCAUCUGCCGUUCACUUCCUGUGCUUGGAAUGACUUCAACAAUUCGUGCAAAUGCAGAGCCACGGAGGUGUUGUGCGAUUACAAAGGACUUACAACGUUGCCAACAUCGCUGCCAAUGGAAAAUGUCACGCUGCUAGAUUUGACUGGCAAUAGAUUUCCCGUGCUGAAUAUGAAUGUCUUCGAGAGACUGCCUGCAUUGAACACGCUAGUGCUGAAACAUUGUUCAAUCGAGCAAAUAGAUCCUCCAUCGAGAACACUCAACGAUAUGUACGCUCUCCAUCUGGAUCAGAACAAAUUAAAAUCGCUUCCGGACAUUUUCUUCCCACCGGGAACGUGGCUACAUACGCUGAUAUUGAGCGGAAAUCAGAUCACGAAACUGACAGCGGGAAACUUCCUGAACCUGUACUACCUCAAAGAGCUAGACCUGCGGGAUAACCAGAUUGCAUCGCUGGACGAGAGCGUCUUUCGGCCGUUGCAAAGUUUGGAAAUUUUAUAUCUAAACGAAAACCGGCUGACGAGGUUGGAUCACUGCAUGAUACCGCGGCUUAAUGCACUGCGGACGCUUUCAUUGGCCCGGAAUCAAAUCCGCACGGUUGCCGUGGAUGCACUGGAUUUGCCCAUAUUGGAGCAUUUGUACCUGUCGGAGAAUCGGCUUAGGCUAAUUUCCAAUGACACAUUUCGUAAUCUACCGAAUUUAUUAGGACUAUUUUUAAACGACAACGAAAUAAAAUACUUCCAACUCGGCUCGUUUGCCGGAAUUCAUAAUCUCACUACGAUGAAUCUGAAGGGGAAUAAAUUCACCCGGAUAGACAGACGGGUGCUGGAAAAUCUUACCAACUUGAACUACAUACAUUUCUCCGAGUUUCACCACUGCAAGGCAGCACUGCACGUGCGAGUUUGUGAACCCCGGGGCGACGGCAUCAGCAGCAAGAGCCAUUUGCUGGACAACCCUGUACUCAGAGCAAGCGUUUGGAUAAUGGCUGCGGUUGGCAUCAGCGGGAAUUUGCUGGUGUUGUUCGGGCGCUACGUGGUAGGAACGAGAAGCAGCCAGGCCCAUGCCGAACACUCGCUGUACCUGCGACAUCUGGCCGCCAGUGAUUUUCUGAUGGGGAUCUAUUUGGCAAUAAUUGCCAGCGCCGAUAUUAUGUUUCGGGGACAAUACCUGCUGUUCGACGAGGAAUGGCGGUCCGGUGCGGUCUGUGCCUUCUGUGGCUUCCUCAGCACUCUGAGCUGUCAGUCGUCUACGUUACUGUUGACGCUGGUUACCUGGGACCGAUUGAUAUCGGUCACGCGGCCUUUGUACCAGCGGUCCAGCAGUAAAACACGUGUCAUCAUCCGGCUGGCGCUUCUGUGGGGGAUUGCCGCCGCUGCGGCUGCUGCCCCACUUUCGGCCACCCACUAUUUUGGACCGCAUUUCUACGGCAGCAACGGUGUCUGCUUGUCGAUCCACAUCCACGACCCGUACGCGGUCGGCUGGGAAUACUCGGCCGGACUGUUUAUCAUUGUCAACACAUUCUCGUUGCUGUUCAUCGGUACGUCGUACCUGCGGAUGCUGCAAGCCAUCCGGGUGUCGCGUAACGAAACACGGAACACCCUCAACUGCCGGGAGAAGAUAGUGGCUAGAAGAUUCGCCAUAAUAGUUGCAACCGAUUGUCUCUGCUGGAUGCCGGUGAUUGUCGUCAAAUUAAUAGCCCUGGGAGGAGUUCACAUAUCACCCUCGCUGUACGCCUGGCUAGCGGUACUAGUGCUUCCUGUUAAUUCAGCUCUGAAUCCGGUGCUCUACACACUGACGACGGCACAGUUCAAGCAACAGCUCACGCGCUUCUUCUACUCGCUACCAUGUGGCGCUUCGCACGAACUGAACGGUUACGAUUCAGCGAUCGAUUCGAGGAACAGCCUCGCUCAGUUCACGUCCAACAACGGCGGAAGUAAACGGUUGCUACAGCGACGGGAACGGAUUUCAACCAACACCAAAGUUUACGAGUUCAAAUAGCGAACAACGGCCGAGGUCGGCCGACGGCAUACCAUGUCCCAUCCGCGUCGCCAAACCGGUGCUGCGGCCAAUCCGGACCACCGUAAUCAUCGUCACUGCUUCCUACCCGGUCAAAACCUGCAGCACCAUCACAACCAACAGUACCGAACAGAUCACUACUGUCCAUCGACGGGGUCCCCUCCGGGUUCACCGUCGCCUCCGUCCACUAUGACCGCCUUGACAGGCUCGACACUAACCAUGAUUGACUCCAGCUCGUUGGCAGGGACGGUCACCGUAACGAUGGGACCAGCACAGGCGUCGCUUCCGGUCGGUGGACGGGAAAACCUGCGGCUCAAGCCGUGUCUUAGUGCCACCGUCAAUGGCAGUGGAACCACCAGAACCACCGGCUUGCUGGAAAUGGUAACGUUGAGGGCUCCCCAGCGACAAGAUUCCUUCCAGGUGCUGCUGAAGAAGGACAGCAUCAGAAGUCGAAACAGUUUCGUGUGUGAACUCUAAAUGCAAGCCUACGGAAGCCGGUGUCGUUUGUCUCACCGGGGUGAAGGUGAAUUCCUCUCUACGGGGGAGUGGAAUGCUAUAAAUUAUGUCUGUGAUGUUAAUUGGUUAGACUGAUGUGAUACAUUUCACGAAAUAUUACGAACGAUAGACACGACGACGGUAAUCUGUUUAUGGACUUGUGACAGCAAAUUGCCAGUACGGCGGUAGCAUAAAAUUGAUUUAUACGACCGAUCGUUACUAGCAAUAUCCAAUUUGAUAUUGCGAUGGACAGAUUUAUUCCAUGUUUGCUACAUUUCUAGUUACAUUGUAAUUACCAGGUACAAGGCCUCUGCAUGAAGUGGAGAGCUAAAAUGCAUUGUAACCGACGUGUUCAAGGUUCGAUACAAAACGUUUUCAAGUAUAGUUAUGACAGCUCAUCCUAAUGUAAAGAAAGAAGAAAUGACUGUGACUUUUGGUUCCGGAGAUACGAUGACAUAAGUGACAUAACCGUCAAAGGGCGUUGUUUUUUGUGCCGCUCAUUUUUUCAUAGAUGGCUAAACCGAUUUCAACAAAGUUAGGCUUGUUUGAAAGCUACCAUGGGGCCAAUUUUGAUUUCGGAGAUGUGUUUAGAUUAGCAUCACUCUUUUAAAUCAAUCAAUCUGAAUAAAUUGGUGUCCAAAAUGAACCCAAAUUAGUGUCAGAAAUUAUCUUAAUGUAGAAGCAAAAAAUAUUUCAAUGAGACUGUUUCGAUGAAAGAGAAAGGCUUUAUCACACCACUAGGUGGACGAGGAAAAGGUUUUUUUGUAGAUCUACAUACUCAGUGGAGGAAGACUUCGGAUAGUUUUCAUUAUUUUUACGUUUCGUCUUUGACUCAUCAGUGCAGAGCAGUUCAAAUUGAACUGCCUAGUGCUAAACUCGGCAGUUCAAUUUGAACCGCUAAGCAGACGUAAAGUUUCUGCUACUUACAGAACACUUUUUGUUUUGCAACGAAGUGCAAUGUCUUUUCUGACGUGCCGAACGAAACGGUUCGGAUAGUUCUUUGGGAAUAUUUUAAUGAAUAAUGUUUGGGGUUUGAGCGGAUAGUGGAAUGAAUCUAAAUCGUUUUUGAAAAGAAAAGUGAAAGUUCCCUUAAAUUUCACUAUGAAGAAUUUUUUAGCUAUUUCGUUAUAAUUCUAACGUAAUAGUUGUAGGCAUAAGAACUAAUGGAAUUAAUAAUACAAUUAAAGCCGAAUGAUACAAGAACAAUCAAAAAGAAAAUAAAAGAAGAAACUGAUCAUGACUCAAUCUAGGAAGGCAUGAAAAUUUGAAAAUUUCUAACCAUUCAAUUGAUUCAGUCUAGGUAGGCAUGGAAAUUUUGAAAUUUUCUGAACAACGGUUUUGCGAGUCAGUUUCUUAGUUAAAGUUGAAAAAAGUGGUGGUGUUUUUGCAACGCUUAGAAAAGGUUACUCGAAAAAGAGUAAGAUCUCACUCAUCUAAACAAAAUCAGAUAUAAUAACGCAAUAGAAAAUGGUGAAUGAUAUCACAAAAAUUUUCAUUCGAUUUUUCGACCGUUCGCUGAAAUACUCAUCAAACUCAUCAAAGUUAGAACUCAUAAUAAUCACUGGUAUCUACUCAAAUUUUGAUGUGUCCAUGUAUCAUUCGAAAAUGAGUAACUAGUACUCAAAAUCUGAGUAACUAUUUCUAAGCGUGUGCCGCUCAAAUUUGACAACCUCAUGGCUCAUGCCGCGCUUGUAAAAAGCUCACCAAUAUGAAUCGAUUCGAUGUAUCAGCUCAUUAAGAUUGAACUGAUGGUUACUUUUGUGACCCGUUUUCCUUGCGCCGUGAAAUGUAAGAUUUCUCACUGAUAAUGUCUCAUUUAAUCCGUUAAAGAAGGAUAGAUACAGGCAUGUCAGAAAUAACGAAACUUGGUGCAAACAUUUUUUUCAGAACUCGCUCCUCAAGAGCCGAAGAUCCGAAGACCCGGCGAACUAUGUAGCAAAUGAGUGAGCUGGUGAGCUGUGGUUCUUUUCAAAAGAGCUGUGAGCUGUCAGCUCACUUUUAUGAUUCGAUUCAUUGGAACAGCUCAGGAGCGAGUUGCUCAUCUCCAAUCAGUCCAAAAGUCGUAAUAAUCAUUUGUAGCAACAGGCUCCAUUUUUUGUUAGUGGGAUCGCGUAUAUUCAUUUAGCUGUUCAUCUUUAUCUGUUGCAAGAGUGAGUCGCUUAACACAAACGGGGUUGUGUCUGAAAAAAAUCGGAAUGAUAAACUGUGCUCUUGGUUGCGUCAUCGUUGCAGAUAUUGUGCUUCAGAAUGUAAACGAAUAUACUCCAGGGUGCCAUUUAUGAGGAACAGAGCUUUAAAUUGUCACGCACUGUGUUUUACUGUCUCAUUCGUAAAUGACCGACACCAAAACAAACGAAGAGAGACGAAGCAUUUUCGUUUCUCAUCGAAAAAAUGAGAGAGCAUAAUUGCCAACGUCACUCUUUCCUCUAUGACAAGACGAAACCAAACUAACGUCUUCAAGUAGCAACAGCAGAAUUUCAAUUCUCAUUCUUUCAUCAAUGUAUUGAAAAUAUGUGACGCUUGGCUAUAAAAAGUGACUAAAAUAUGGGAAAUCGAAGUAAUUACAUCCCAGAACUUCUUUGGAAAUCGAAACUACUACAAAUUCGAGCACCAACAGUUGAAACUUAUUGUGAAACCUUUUUCUGUCGUUUCCAAUACUCACAGUUUUGGUUGAAUAUCGACACUGCAUACUAUGGGAUUUUCACUGAAAACUGCAAAUGACUGAAAGAGCAAAUGAAAGAAUUUUUUUUUUUAAACUACUGUCCCGCUUAUGUCAUUGACUGGACAUGGAUUUCGUUCUCAUAGUUUGCAAGCGAAGCUGAGAGUGACAGUAAUUUCUUGUCAUUUUCGUCUAUUUUUCAGUCAAUGAAUAUGACUUUUAUUAGCUCUGAUGUGGAAUAAGUGUCUGAUUGGUGCUUGACCAAACAGCUUAAUUUUAAAUACAUUCCACCCAAUUUAGGGGUACCGUUCAGUAACCAAAUUACAGAUAAAGCGACUCUAGGUAGUUUCCGUAAGGCACGAGCAAAAAAUACUCAAAGAUGAGUUAUAUCUACUCAAUAGUAGGUAAGUUAUAUUUACUCUACAGUUGAGUCGUAUUAACUCAAUUUCAGGUUGAUGCGGUUUACUUAAUUUUAGCUUUUUGAACGAAACUCUCGCUGUUGGCUGGUUUUGCUCUUUGUAUUUUGACAACAAUGGAAGAAGCGAAUCAAAGAAAAGAUAAAAAAAAAACUCAAAAUGAUGUAAAAAGAAGUCAUCAGGUAGUUUUUAUUUUCCGUGUACAUUAAGGUACGAUUGACACACUAUUCCAAGCUACCGCCACUUCAUAGCAUGUCUCGAAGUUAGAAAUCAAUUUUAAACGGAAUAAAAAAUAAAGAAAGUAGGGUUAUUUUAGGUAUUGAGUGUCAACUACUUAAUAUUUAUUAACAAAUUUGAUAUAUGUGAAACAAAAUUUUGCGUAAAAUUUGAGUGCUAGUUUCUCAAUUUUUGGCUCAUGUACAAAUAAAGCAUUAUUCAGACUUCCGGUGAAGCUCUCAACGUGUGAGUGCGACGAAAAUUUGUGUAUUUCGUAUUCGAGGAAGAAAGAUUUUUCGCCUCCUGGAGUGAAUCAGUGUUGCGACGCCACGAAACUAUCACCGGGAGUCACUGUAACAGCAUUUACAAUCGAAAAUAAUAACGUAAUCGAACAUACCUAUAACCUAAACGAGCGAGAUAGAUCUUUAUAGAUCCCAGCCCUGUCAAGUUUCCAGUUGAAGGACUCAAAUUUGAGUAACUAAGGAGUUACUCUGAACUAGAGUUGUUCCUUUUUUUUGGAGAUGAGUGAGAUCUUACUCAUUUUGCGGCUCUCAAAAAGAGCCUUCUCACUCAGCAAUAAAAUAUUGACCUUCUAACGACAGUUCGACAUGUAGAUUGCGUUGUUGUUCAAACAAUAAUGUUUUAUUCUCCAGUGAAUUUCUAUUUAUUUGUGGUUGAAAUUCGAAAAAUCGAAGAAUAUUCUGUUGGAAUAAAGGGAUAAACAUUGAUUUCUUGCAAUUGGCAUUUCAAGUUAUUUAUUUCAAUAUCACUGUUGAAAACAAAUCUAUUUUCUAUACAUUACUUACCUUACCUAACAACUAUAGGCCUGGGGUGUCCUUUGCUGUAUCAAGAAUACGUCUCCACAUAACGCGGUCCAUGGCUGCUCGUCGCCAGCCACUCAAGGCACGGAUGCUUCUGAGAUCACCCUCCACUUGAUCGAUCCACCUUUUUUUUGUACCAGUCGGAUUAGAUCCAAGAACCAUUUUCACUGGGCUGUCGUCCGACAUCCUUAUGACAUGCCCAGCCCAUCGUAGACGUCCGAUUUUAGCUGUCCGUUCGAUGGGUGGUUUUCCUAGCAGCUGUUGCAAUCCGUGAUUCAUACGCCGUCUCCACGUUCCGUCUUCCAUCUGCAUUCCGCCAUCGAUGGUCCUCAGUACCUUUCUUUCGAAAACACUGAGAGCGCGUUGGUCCUCUGCCAACAUAGUCCAGGUCUCGUGGCCAUAGAGAAGAACCGGCCUAAUGAGCGUUUUGUAGAUGGUCAAUUUCGUGCGGUGGCGUACUUUUCUCGAUCGAAGGGUUUUUCUGAGUCCAAAGUACGCACGAUUCCCUGCCAAAAUACGUCUCUGUAUUUCUCAGCUGGUGUCAUUGUCGGCGGUCACCAGUGAGCCCGAAUACACGAACUCGUCAACCACCUCGAUAUCGUCACCGUCUAUCAAUAUUCGUGGUGGGAGGCGUAGUGUUUCUUUUCUAGAGCCUCUUCCUCUCAUGUAUUUUGUUUUCGACGCAUUUAUGGCCAGUCCGAUACGCAUAGCUUCAGCUUUCAGUCCGAUGUAGGUUUCCGUCAUCUUCUCAAGGUUACGUGUUACAAUAUCAAUAUCGUCAGCGAAGCCAAAAAAUUGUACGGACUUUCGGAAGAUUGUGCCACUCGUGUCGAUCCUCGCUCUUCGAAUCACACCUUCCAAGGCAAUAUUGAACAAGAUACAAGAGAGUCCAUCACCUCUCCGAGAUUCGAAGGGACUCGAGAGCGUCCCAGAUACUCGGACGUAGCACAUCACUCUAUCCAUCGUUGCUUUGACCAAUCGCGUAAGUUUAUCCGGGAAACCGUAUUCGUGCAUGAUCUGCCAUAGCUGUUCUCGAUCGAUUGUGUCGUAUGCCGCUUUGAAGUCAAUGAACAGGUGAUGCGUGGGUACGUUGUAUUCACGACACUUCUGGAGUACUUGUUUUAUCGCGAAUAUGUGAUCCGUAGUGGCGCGGGCUCCAGUAAAUCCCGCUUGGUACGGCCCUACGAAUUCCUUAGCUAUUGGUGAUAGACGACGGCAAAGGAUUUGGGAGAAUACCUUGUAGGCGGCGUUCAGCAAUUUGAUUGCGCGGUAAUUGCAACAUUCUAGCUUAUCGCCCUUUUUGUACACGGGACAUACCACUUCAUCCAUCCAUUCCUGCGGUAGAAUCUCCUCCUCCCAAAUCCUAGAAAUCAUCCAGUGCAGCGCUCUAGCCAGUGCCUCCCCUCCAUGUUUGAGCAGCUCGCCUGGCAACUGGUCAUUGCCCGCGGCUUUGUUGUUCCUCAGCUUGCCGAUCUUCUCAAUUAUCUCCGACAGAUCAGGGGCUGGGAAUCUGUCGUCGGCUGAGCGUGCACCCAGAUUGAUUCCUGUGUCGUUCUCUGUAUCCUGUGCUUCGUCAUUCAGAUGCUCGUCGUAGUACUGCUUCCACCUGUCGAUCACCUCACGUUCGUUCGUGAGAAGGUUAUCACUGAUAUCUUUGCACAUUUCGGCCUGCGGCGUGAAGCCUCUACGUGAGCGGUUCACCUUCUCAUAGAAUUUCCGUGUGUCAUUUGCGCGGUACAGCUGUUCCAUCGCUUCGCGAUCUUGGUCUUCCUGGUGGCGCUUUUUCUUCCGGAAAACCGUGUUCUGUCUGUUCCGUGGCUGUCUGUAUCGUUCCUCGUUCGCUCUAGUUCGGUGUUCGGGUGCUGCAAUCCUCGCCCUUGCUGCAUUCUUCUCUUCGACCAACUGCUGACAUUCGCCGUCAAACAAGUCAUUUCCUCGAUUCGGUAACCUUGUACCUAGAACGGUUGCAGCAGUGCUACUUACGGCGGACCUUAUGUUCCUCCUGCCGUCUUCAAGAGUCGCCGCGCCAAGCUGCUCUUCCGUUGGUAGCACUAACUCCAGUUGUUGCGCGUAUUCCUCUGCAGUACGAAUGCUACGUAGCUGCUCGAGAUUUAGUCCCGGCGUUCUUGUGCGAAGAGUAUUGUGCACCGUCGAUAGUUUUGAGCGCAUACAAACCGCGACAAGGUAGUGGUCAGAAUCAAUAUUGGCACUGCGGUAGGUGCGGACAUUGAUGACGUCGGAGAAGAAUUGCCCGUAGAUGAGGACGUGGUCGAUUUGAAUUUCCGUAUGUUGAUCGGGUGAUCUCCAGGUGGCUUUGUGGAUAUCUUUGCGGGGGAAGAAGGCGCUUCAAACUACCAUUCCUUGGGAGGCAUCGUUGGCCGUUGUCGUUUGUUACCGCGUGCAGACAUUGCCUUCCGGCCUAUCUGAGCAUUCAUGUCGCCGAUGACAAGUUUUACAUCCCGCCGUGGACAGCUGUCGUAGGUUCGUUCCAGUUGCGCGUAAAAUGCUUCCUUCUCGUCAUCGGAUCUUGUCUCAUGUGGGCAGUGCACGUUGAUGAUGCUGUAAUUGAAGAAACGGGCCUUUAUCUUCAAUACGCAUAUUCUAUCACUGAUUGGCUGCCACCCAAUCACGCGCCCAACACUACAAAUCCCGUUCCUAGAACGUUGGUUGUGCCACAGCUCUGGUAGAAGGUAGACGCUCGAUGCCCACUUUUCCACAUCUUCUGUCCCGUCCAACAAAGUUCCUGCAGUGCUACGACAUCGAAGCCGCGGAUUAGAAGCUCAUCAUGCAGCAUUCGGUCGUAUCCUGGGAAGCCAAGCGAUUUGCAGUUCCAUAUGCCAAGCUUCCAAUCGUAGUCCUUAUUUCGUCGCGUAGAUCUUUGCCGAUUAUUCCGAGUCGUAUUAAUAUCCUGAUUAUUCGUAACAAGUGUUUUCCGGGCGGCUUGUUAGGCCUGCACCAACCUCCUGUCUCGCCGGAGGGCCAUCGUGUCAGCACUGUUUAGAGUUCCAUACUGACACACAGAUGGAAAUCAGACGAUAGUUGGGUGAAAUUUGUGGCUUGUAUCAUUAGCGAUCGAAUGAUGUGCAAACUUUACGAUCAUUGAACAAAGUCUCACCUUUUUUGAGGUCAUCUAUCUACAGUUUUCAUUAUAACUUUGGGUAGACAACCCUAUUUUUCGUUUGAAUCAGUGCAUUUUAUUUCUGGAAGUAGUACAUUUCCAAUGGCGAACAAAUUUCGGAAAUCGGUUGACUAACAACAAAGUUAUGACUCGGUAAAUUUGAAGUUUUCAAUAUUUCAUAUGCGACGUUUAUGUCAAAGAAAAGAAAAUAGGAAAGCUAAUAGGGCAUAUUGGGCGCGUGAAAAAAAAACCUGGAACGGGAAAAAUCAAAUUUUCUUUUAUUUUUCUUCUAUCAAUCAUCUGCUACCACGUUUUUGAAUCAAUCUACGAACUUCACAAAAUUCGAGGGUGUCAAAUUUGUUGAGAUUCGUUGGAAAACAGCUGAGCUAUGACAGCUCGAAGUUACCGUUCCAACUUUUUUUCAGGCUUGGUAUUUGAAGUAUUAAGCCUUUUUACCAUAUUUGUUUCUCCGUGUAAAGGAAAAUGGAUACAAACAAAGGGCUAAACUGUUUCAGGAACUUGCUUAGUUUAGCUUCAUUCUUUCGUGUUGAGGUAUUCGUUUAAACUUAAUGAGUUCAGCUCUCGUUGUUGGAUAGAUUGGUCCUUUCUUUGUCGACUACAGUGAAAAUUACAAAUGAAAUAAACGAUCCGAAACACUCCAACCGAAGUACAAAGUUGUAAAUUAUUCAGCUCCAGUCAUGCAAUUGUCCUGUGCACUAAUGAACCGAGUUUGCAAAGUCGAAACAUUCUGACUUUUCCAUGUCAAUUAUUUAGCACUUUUCCGGUACCGAUUGCAACAACGUGCACAAGUAUUACUUACUUCUCGAGAACGUCACAAGUUCCUUUUCAGCAUAUUAAAACAGCGAUCCACCGUUCGAAGUGUUAUCCGAAAUAGGUUACCGUUUCCGUAAACGUAAUUGAAAAACAAAAUGUCGUAAAAGUUGAGGAAAUAGAAUCCCGCCAGAAUUAGGACUUACCAAACUCAGGUCAGGAGUAAUUGCAAAGAGUUCUGUACAUAUAUAUAGAAAUAAAGUUGAUACGAGUACCGGCCAAACAAAAUUAUAGGAAACUAAGAGCUUAGAUAACUUUUACUAGUAAGAGAAAAAGAUGUAUUUAUUUGUAUUUUCUAAGUCGAGCUACCAUUAAAGAGUGUUUUAUUUAAACUGAUA